AUCUGCCCUCUCUCGACUUAUGGUACCAGUGAGUAUUAAAGGACUAAUACUAUGAGUAUUAGUCCUUUUCUAGGUUGUUUUCAUGUGGGACUAUUGAUAAAGUAAAUGUUGGUGCAUUAAGGCAAAGGGAAGACCCUUGUUAUUACCAGCCUCAUAACACCUGUUGCACAUGUUCAGGUCAUACUCUGUUAUGUUGAGUGGCCUUGUCAAGAGACAAAUAAUGCUGUAUCAGUCAUUUGGAGUCGGUGAUUGAAGCUCCAUGUUUAAUCAGACUAAACCCUGCGUGACAAGCACCUCUUCCUAAUUAGGGUUAGCUUGUUGACUGAAGGCAGGGUACUGUGUUUAAACAGACGUGAGACAGCUGUCUGCGUACCUGUCCAGGUACGGAGAGUCUGAGAGCAGAGGAGACCUUUCAGACACAGAAGGGGACCGCUCCAGUAAACAUCAAUAGUUAAACAGGCCCGCUGAAACAUUCAUUACUCCUUGCUUUGUUUUGCCACUGUGAAUGGACCUGCAAGGGACACCUGUUUGCUGAGAGCUACUAUCAUUUCUAUUGGAACAAUGCAUGCGCUGUCUAACGCAGCUUGAAUGUCCUAAUAAAGCUGCUUAUCAAUGGCCACAAGUGUAAUCUGAAAGUUGUCCCAUCUCUUCUGUCAUACUAAUCUGAGAUGACCUAGGUCCAAAUAAAGAUGAUAGAGAGAGAGGGUACUGGAACGAAAGGAAAGUGGAUUAGCCGUAGAAUCGCUGAUUGGGGAGGUUCCUUGAGGCUCCAGGUUAAUACCACGCUGAUUGCAUUGGCUUCACCUUGAAAGUUGUGGGCUCCCCCAAGUCUGCUGAGAUAGAUUCAACAGCGAUUGGAAAAAUACUUGAUCUCCCUUAACCUAGGUUCAGUUAAUAAUUCAGUGCAGUGUUAAAAUGGUGUAUAGGCUAAGGAUCUGAAUUAGAUCUCUUCAUGCCUCAGAGACAAAGAAGAAAUAGAAGGGGCUGCCUGGAGUUUUUCCCCUGGUGGAAACCUAUUUAGAUGCCUCUGUCAUGUGCCAUGCGCUGCUGCUGCUGCUGUUUAUAUAAGAGACGGAAAACAUGCAGGUAGGGCAGAAUUAGCAGAACCGACCGUUAUUAUCCUGGAACAGUACGAUUAUAGGACAAAUUAAAGGCGUAAGCAGAUGUUUACACAUGCUUGGUCGGCUUCCAAGUGCUUGGUUGUCUGCACGAUUUAACAGAACAAGCUACUUUAGUUCUUUAAGUUAGCAGUUGGCAUCUGUGUGUAAUCUCAGCAACACACCAUCUAUGAGCUUUUUGUUGAGUAGCCCCGAUGAGCCUUUUAUGAUCCAGGAAGUGUUGGUGUUCUUCCUGAGUUCAAAGCCUUGAGUAGGAACAAACGGGAGCAUUGGGAGUCAACAAACUGAAUGUGGCUCUGCAAAGCCAAUCUUGUUUAUGAAGUUUUGGGUGGGCCUUGACAAAACCAAAUGUUUGCUGCACGACUGCAGCAGUUGUAGAAACAUGCUCUGUAAUCUGCCAUUAAUCAGGUAAUCCUCCUUCGAUUCUCAACACCCUCCUGCUUGCCUGGCCCCACAGUCAGUCUACACUUUGUUUUGAAAGGCCAAAAGGGUUUCUGUGCACAGAAAUGUCGUCUUUUGUGGCCGUAAGUACACAGUGAAUGGUGUGCUGUACCAUUUGCCUCUUUUGAGUUUUUUGAGUUCCCAGGCACAAUAUUGUAUAUACAUGAUAUUGACCAAUGGCGACAGGAAAGGACUCCUUCUACCACAACAAACAAGGCCUGCGAUCAACCUUGGCCAUUGUUCUCUGUAGUCGGGAGGAAGUGGCUGAAAAACAGUCCCUGCCAAACGCCUUUCCUCGGAAGAGGGGCUCUGGUCGUGGACUGUGGGUGGAGUUCUCCCCCUUGUCUGUUUCCCCCUCCUCCCCCUUCCCUUCUGUACUUGAUGUCCACGCAGUACGAGUACCCUUUUCCAUUUUCCCAAAGCCCUCAGCCAGCGAGUACGCUUUUGCUUCCUGAGUACCUGAGUUUUCCAUAUGGUGUUGUGCCAGAUGGGCUGCUGCCUCUCCAGUGGGAUUGUUAGAACAUAAGGACCACUUUCUGCACUGGGAACAUGUCCACUUAGCUGUGUGUGUGUGUGUGUGUGUGUGUCUUUGUGAGUGUGUGUUUGUGUAUAUGUGUGAGUGUUUGUGUGGUUGUGUAAAGGCACUUUAACCUCUCAACCACAGUUGAACAGGAUGGAGGCGUCCUGCCUGGAGCUGGCCCUGGAGGGGGAGCGGCUCUGCAAGGUGGGGGACUACCGGGCCGGCGUGUCCUUCUUCGAGGCCGCCAUCCAGGUGGGAACGGAGGACCUACAGGUGCUGAGCGCCAUCUACAGCCAGCUGGGCAACGCCUACUUCCACCUGCACGACUACGGCAAGGCCCUGGAGUUCCACCACCACGACCUCACGCUGACCAGGACCGUCGGUGACCUGAUGGGCGAAGCCAAGGCCAGCGGGAACCUGGGCAACACGUUGAAGGUGCUUGGGCGGUUCGACGAGGCGGUGAUCUGCUGCCAGAGGCACCUGGACAUCUCCAGGGACAUCGGCGACAAGAUGGGCCAGGCGAGGGCCCUGUAUAACUUCGGGAACGUGUACCACGCCAAGGGGAAGAGUAUCUGCUGGAGCGGGGCGGAGCCGGGGGACUUCCCCGAGGAGGUCAUGACGGCGCUGCGGCAAGCGGCGGAGUACUACGAGGCAAACUUGGCCAUCGUCAAGGAGCUCGGAGACAGGGCCGCGCAGGGAAGGACGUACGGUAACCUUGGCAACACGCAUUACCUCUUGGGGAACUUUCGCAGCGCCGUGGCCUCCCACGAACAGCGCCUCCUCAUCGCCAAGGAGUUUGGCGACCGCUCGGCAGAGAGACGGGCGUACUGCAACCUGGGCAACGCCUACAUCUUCCUGGGGGAGUUUGAAGUGGCCUCUGAGCACUACAAGAGGACUCUGCAGCUGGCCAGACAGCUGAAGGACCGGGCGGUGGAGGCCCAGGCCUGCUACAGCCUUGGCAACACCUACACGCUUCUGCAGGACUACGAGAGGGCCAUCGACUACCACCUCAAACACCUCAUCAUAGCCCAGGACCUCAACGACAGGAUCGGGGAGGGGCGUGCGUGCUGGAGUCUGGGGAACGCCCACACCGCACUGGGCAACCACGACCAGGCCAUGCACUUUGCAGAGAAACACCUGGAGAUCUCCAAAGAGACUGGAGACAGGAGUGGAGAGCUGACUGCCCGUAUGAACGUGUCUGACCUGCAGACGGUGCUGGGUCUGAGCUACAGCACCAACAGCUCCACGCUGUCGGACGCCAAGGAGACGGACCUCCCUCUGAACGGAGCACGGCCUCGUACGGGGAGGAGACACAGCAUGGAGAACCUGGAGCUGAUGAAGCUGACGCCAGAGACCAAGCUGAACGGUCAGAAGUGGAACAGCGACAUCCUGACCAAGCAGUCCAAGCCCAGCCUGGCCAAGGCCUCCUCCAAGCUCUUCUUCGUCGGCCGGCUGCGCAGCAAGAAGCACAAGGUGGGCGGCUCCACCACCACCAAGGUCCUCCAGGACACCAGCAACACCCUGGACCCCAGCCAGACGGGCCCCCCGGGGCCGCAGAAGCGUCCCAGCCCUGAGGCGCUCGGGGACGAGGGCUUCUUCGACCUGCUCAGCCGCUUCCAGAGCAACCGCAUGGACGACCAGCGCUGCUCCAUCCAGGACCCGGGCAGCCGCCUCUCGCUGAGCAGCGGGCCGGACGCGCCCCCCAGCAGGGGCUCCUCCUCCGGGUCGGAGUCGGCGGCAGGCGCGGCGGCGGGCCGGAGGACGAGCGAGCCCGCGGCGGCGGCGGCGGCGGCGGUGGGAGGGGCCAGCCUGCCGGGCCUCAGGCUGCACCAGCAGAAGGGCAGCCAGGCGGUGCUCAGCCACCUGAUGGCCAACGCCGACAACGCAGAGCCCGACGACAACUUCUUCGACAUGCUCGUCAAGUGCCAGGGCUCCCGUCUGGACGACCAGCGCUGCGCCCCCCCCCCGCCGCCAGCCCGCGGCCCCACCGUGCCCGACGAGGACUUCUUCAGCCUCAUCAUGCGCUCGCAGGCUAAGCGCAUGGACGAGCAGCGCGUCACCCUGCCCCCAGGGGGCGCCGCCGCCCGGCCAGGGGCCCCCCACUGAAGCGCAGCCGCCCCCGGUCUGUAGCACCGCCCCGGCCGGGGAGGCCCAGGACUAGCGUGAGGACGGCCUCACCCACCGGGGGCCCCCCCGGGGCCCGGGGACGAGGAGGGGCACCGCGGAGACGGCACUAAGUGGCUCACUAGGUAGCGGUUCUCUACGUCAUUGCCCUCAGGGACUCAAGCACUGCCAGCUGUAUCAUAUGAGGGGGGGGGGGGAGGGUUGGGUGAGGCAAAGGACUUACUUUGAGGCCUCUCCCGCCUGGUGCUUUCUGGGUAAUUGUGUUUCACUUUGAACUGGAUUUGCACUUCUGCAUAUGGAUCAUAACAGAGCAAAUAAUCACUGCAGUCAGAGAUAGCUUUUAUUUUUACACUUGAUUUUUUGAAAAUUGUAAUCCUUUUAAUUUCACUUUUUAAACAGUGUCUUUAGAUGCUCAACUUCAGAUGGGAUGUAUUUAUUCUAGCUUUUGUAAAAAAAAGAAAAAAUGGAUUCCCAAAGCCGUCCUACCACUUUCUCCCUCUUCUUUUUAAUACUCAUGUAGCAUUAUCAGCGAUUCAGGUCCAUGAAAUGACACCAGAAAGGUACAGCAAUUUCCAUGUAUUUUUUUUUUAUAAUUGUGUGUAUGUCGAGUAUUAGUCUGAUGAAGGCGUUGUCUCAAUCAGGGAAUUUGACCCUUUCAGACAAGCGUCUCCUAAUAUAAAAAAUAUCAACUAACUUUUAACCUAUGUACAGAUUGUGGUGCUCUUUUGUAACACUUGUUUUUUGUUGAUCAGAGGAAUAAAGCCUCAACUCUUCAGAGAAGGGGAAUUGUCUUGUCUUUUUAUUGUGAAUAGAAGGUGGAGAAAAUGUUUUUAGCAUCUGAAGUGUAAUAUACCUUUUUAUUCCAUCGAUAAACCAGUAAUUUACACUUCAAUUAAGUAGCAUUAACUUAAUCACAUAAUAAAACACAUAGAAAAUCGGCUGCGUUCAUUUCAUAGAACCAUCAGUUCACAUGAAGAGGCAGUGAAAUAAAUACACCUGCUUUAGUUUGGCCACUUUUUAGUUCAACAGAGACACUACGUGAACAAUAAUUUAAAAAGCUUAAGAUAUUAAUCAACUAGAAGGGUCAAUUAGUAACAAAAAAUCCAAAGAAAAUGUGCAAACAUACAAUACUGGCAUUGAAAUGAACGACAAAACAACUGCGUGCUUUUUAAGAUUUCAAUGUGCAUAUAAUGACCCCUUUUUCAACGGCCAAAGCUUCAGACCUACUGAACCCUCACACAGUAGACCACCUGUACGAUGUUAAUCCUGCACCCAACGCCAGGAUGCAAAUAUAAACAACAAAGCAUAUUUGUAAUUCCCUUUGGGGCCAUAUGUUAGAAAAAAAAAAAGAAUUGCAAGCUAUUUCAAGACAAUGUAUCAGCUUUUAGAGCGAAACACUGUUUUUUACAUUUACAUCAAGCGAGUUUAUACAAGGUCAUCCCACUAUGUACAACGCUGAGAUCUAUAGAAUAA